AGAGAUUCCGCCCCGGAGCCCGUUUGUGCCGCCCCCCACCACGUGACAGUGGGCUGUCGCGUCUAUAAAGGGGAGUAUUUGUGGUGCCGCUCGUAGUUUAGUGCAGCGCAAGAACCGACCAGACAUGAGAGAAUGCAUCAGCCUCCACAUCGGCCAGGGGGGCGUGCAGAUCGGAAACGCCUGCUGGGAGCUCUACUGCCUCGAACAUGGCAUCCAGCAGGAUGGCCAGAUGCCCAGCGACAAGCAGGCCGGCGGUAUCGACGAUUCAUUCGACACUUUUUUUGCCGAAACCGGCGCCGGCCGUUAUGUCCCGCGCGCCGUGUUCGUUGAUCUGGAGUCCACCGUUGUUGACGAGGUGCGCUCUGGCGCCUACCGGCAGCUCUUCCACUCGGAGCAAUUAAUUACUGGCAAAGAGGACGCUGCCAACAACUACGCGCGUGGCCAUUACACGAUCGGCAAGGAGAUCAUCGACGUAGUGCUUGACCGCAUCCGGAAGUUGGCCGAUCAGUGCUCGGGUCUACAGGGCUUCCUCGUAUUCCACAGCCUAGGGGGCGGUACCGGCUCCGGGUUCACCUCGCUUCUUAUGGAGCGCCUUUCGGUCGACUACGGGAAAAAGUCCAAGCUCCAGUUCUCGGUCUACCCAGCACCCCAGGUCUCAACUGCUGUUGUCGAACCCUACAACGCUGUAUUCACCACGCACGCAAACUUGGAGCACUCGGACUGCGCCUUCAUGGUUGACAACGAGGCCAUCUACGAUAUCUGCCGGCGCAAUUUGGACAUCGAACGGCCCUCAUACCCACACCUGAACCGGCUCAUCAGUCAGGUCGUCUCGUCCAUCACGGCUUCCCUCCGCUUUGAUGGUUCGCUCAACGUCGACUUGACGGAGUUCCAGACCAACUUGGUGCCUUAUCCUAGGAUCCACUUCCCGCUGGUGACCUACGCUCCCGUCAUCUCCGCCGAAAAGGCCCACCAUGAGCAACUCAGCGUGGCCGAUAUCACCAACGCAUGUUUUGAGCCGGCAAACCAAAUGGUCAAGUGCGAUCCGCGCAACGGCAAGUACAUGGCGUGCUGUAUGCUGUAUCGCGGCGACGUGGUGCCUAAAGACGUCAACGCCGCCAUUGCGGCCAUCAGAAACAAGCGCAGCAUCCAGUUCGUGGACUGGUGUCCCACAGGGUUCAAGGUGGGCAUCAACUACAAGCCGCCUACCGAGGUGCCCGGCGGAGACACGGCCAAGGUUCAGCGUGCCGUCUGCAUGUUGUCCAACACGACAGCCAUCGCCGAGGCCUGGGGCCGACUGGACCACAAGUUCGACCUGAUGUACGCCAAGCGGGCCUUCGUCCACUGGUACGUGGGCGAAGGCAUGGAGGAGGGAGAGUUCUCAGAGGCCCGUGAAGACAUGGCCGCCCUCGAGAAGGACUACGAGGAGGUUGCCAUGGACUCAAACGAGCUCGUCGACGAGCCCGAAGAGUACUAGGCCGUGCGCUACAUUUCCUCGGCAAGAACGAGGGACCUUCGUCCAACUUAAACUUGCCGUUAAUGUUAAAAACAUUUUGUAAUAAAGAGUUCAUUGCUCCACUGCAUCUCCAGUUCUUCGAACGUUGGAUUGAAAACCCUUGGCUUAAGUUGCCUCUCUCGGAAAGGAGGUUCCAAGACGAUGUCUAUCUAUAGCGUUCUCCCGCAAAUAUUUUCCUUUAAAGGUGCAGUAAUUAAGUUCAGAACUGCCUACAUCUGACACAUAUUUGCUUCAUACUCUUUUCCGUGCCCUUUUAUGCUCGGCGCUGCACUUUGCCCCGACGGCACUCUGUGACCAGAUUAAAAGUGUGCAGGUUCAGGAUUUCAAAUUAGACUUUUUUUAUUAUUAUUAUUAUUCCUAUAUCUACUUCCAUUGUACCCUAUAGCUACACGGCACUUUGCCAUAUGCCAAAAGCGCUCCACGCGUUAUAGAAACGCACAAAUAUACGUUAGCAAGCAUUGAGCCAAAAGAAAAAAAAAUGUGAGUUAAGUUUGAGCGGAAUAAAAUACGUUUGAUGCCUCUUUAAAAUUACGUCAAUUAGUCAAGCUGCACAGAUGCAGUUUUUUUCUCUGGCCCCCUAUUUCCGCUAUAACAAUGUAUCGACUACGGCGAAAAUAAAACUUGAUUGAUUGAAGUGCAACCUGAAUUGUUUAGUCGCAAAAGAAAGUGAAAUGAAGUACAGCAUACAGUCAAUUUUUAGGCAGUGAAUGAACAGGUAAUCGGUAUUCACCACUAUCUCUAGUAAGAAUUAAAAAUAUUGCGAAUUUGACGAUGCCCAGACUAUCACUCCGGGCCUUCCCGCCGGCUUUCUAGUAAAAGCUGCUGAAGAUUCAGCGGCUGAUGUAAGUGGCACGCUGAACACAUAUAUAGGCAUCACGUUCUACUGGUCCAGUGAUUUUUGACUACUGCACCCGAGACAGGGGUUCUCUGCUUGCGUGCUUGAUUGAGGCGCUGAAGCUUUCGCGCUCUUGGCAAUUAAAAAGAGAAAAACAAUGGCGACUGCUCUACAAGCCACCGCUUGAAAUAGUCUUCACACGUGAAC